GCCAAGGACAGGGAGCUAGCUGAGGCUCAGCAGCAACUGAGACAGAAGGAGGAAGAGCUGGCUAGACAAGGAGCAGAGCUGACAAGAGCAGAGGAGACUAUCAGGAGAGAACAGCAGCAACUGAGACAGAAGGAGAAACAGCUGCGAUCAAGUGAGGCUCCAGUGGCUGACUUCCAGAAGACUCUCCAGCAGAGAGACUCCGAGCGGACUCAGAGGACAAAGCUCACUGUGCAGUGUCAUCGU